CAACAACAACAACAGCAAAAUGUUGCGGAAAACCUCAUCGAAAAUCAAAACGCAAGCAACGAACAAAACGAAAGACUUCACUUUCGCAGCCGUUCAGCAACCUCAGUCGGUGCAGUAGCAGCAGCGACAGCGGCAGCGCCAGCGCCAGUCACUUGCAAUUCAACUUCACCACUAUGCUGUAAUGGCAUGCUGCCCACCACAGCCACCACCAUGCUCAACUGUUGCCGCGAUAUUAACUGCCACCUGAAUACCCCGCUGGCGCCACCAUUGCGCGGCAGCGUUGAGCGCAGUCGACGCUCAGAGAGUCGGCAAUCUUUUCUAGCAUCAGGAACGCUUAAGCCGACGACGACAGCAUCGUCUACGCCUACCUCUGCAUCUAAGCAGUCGCGUUCCCGUUCACGUUCGCGUUCGCGUUCGGGUUCUUGUGAUGUCGGCGGCAACUCGUGCAAUAUUGGGGAUCCUCUCAGGCAGAGCCCAGACAGCGCUGCGGCAGCGAAAUUAACCGUUAGCCUGCACAUUGAUCUCAUCAGCUGGGGUCUCUUUCUGCUGGCGUUCUUAACGCGUUUCUAUAAGCUGGCAACGCCGCCGCAUGUUGUCUUCGAUGAGCUGCAUUACGGCAAAUAUAUAUCGCACUAUAUGCGCAACAUCUUCUUCUUCGAUCAGCAUCCGCCACUGGGCAAGCAGCUGAUAGCUGGCCUUGUCAGCUUUGUCGGCUACGAUGGCAACUACACAUUUCCACGCAUUGGCGCCACCUAUGCGUCAAAUGUGCCCGUCUUCUGGCUGCGCUUUGUGCCCGCACUUUGUGGAAGUCUGCUCGCACCAGCCGUCUACAAGCUGCUGUUGGAAGCGCAGCUGCGUCGCUGGGCAGCAGCGCUUGGCGGCCUGCUUGUCGUGUUGGACAAUGCUCUCCUAACGCAGUCGCGUUUCAUUCUCAUGGAAUCGAUGCUGCUGCUGGCCAGCACCGUGGGCAUUGCCUGUCUGCUGCGCUUCCAGCGCUGCUCGCUGGGCAGCCUCAACUGGCUAAGCAGCGGAGCGGCGGCUGCCCUUUUUCUUGCCUGCGCCGGCUGCGUCAAGUAUGUUGGCUUCCUGGCGCUGGCCCUUGCCGGUUAUUUGCUGUGUCGACAUCUCUGGAAACUGCUCUACGAUGCGACCUUGACAAAUGGCCAACUAUGGCUGCACGCACUGGGCAGACUGUUGCUGUUUGUCGGCAUCCCGCUGGCCGUUUACCUGGGCGUCUUUUACGUGCACCUAAAGACGCUACAUCGGGCGGGGCCACAUGACACCAUCAUGACGAGUGCGUUUCAGGCCUCGCUGGACGGCGGCCUGGCGUCGAUUACACGCGGCCAGCCGUUGGCUGUGGUGCACGGCUCGCAGAUAACGCUGCGGCAUACGCACGGACGCACCUGCUGGCUGCACUCGCAUGCCGCCGUGUAUCCGGUGAGGUACAAGGAUCAGCGUGGCUCGUCGCACCAGCAGCAGGUGACAUGCUACUCGUUCAAGGACGUGAACAACUGGUGGAUUGUGAAGCGUCCGGAACGCGAUGAUCUGGUGGUGGGCGAGCAGCCCGAUGCCAUACGACAUGGCGAUGUCGUUCAGCUGGUGCACGGCAUUACCAGCCGUGCGCUGAACUCGCACGACGUGGCGGCGCCCAUGACGCCGCAAUGCCAGGAGGUCAGCUGCUACAUUGACUACGAGAUCAAGAUGGCCGGUGAGCUGCUGUGGCGCGUCGAGAUACUCAACCGUCAGACCGAGGGCGAUCGCUGGCAUGCCAUCAAGUCAGAGAUACGGCUCAUACACGAGACGACGGGCGCCGCGCUGCGCUUCAGUGGCCGCCAGUUGCCCAGCUGGGGCUUCAAUCAGCACGAGGUGGUCGCUGAUCGCGAUCCAAUGCAUCAGGAUGCCAUCUGGAAUGUGGAGGAGCAUCGCUACACCAAGACUCAGGAUCAGCGUGAGCGCGAGCGCCAACUGCUCUCCGCCGAGAUGAUUCCCACCAAACGGACCAAGCUCUCGUUCUGGGCCAAGCUGCUCGAGCUGCAGACGAAGAUGUUCUGGCAUGCCAAACAGGUGCAGAGCCACAUGUACAGCUCCCAGCCGCACGAGUGGCCGCUGCUGGACAAGGGCAUCGCCUACUGGCUGGACGACAGCUCCAGCGCCCAAAUCUAUCUGCUGGGCAAUGUGCUCAUCUGGUAUAUGGCCAGCGCGGGUCUGUUUAUCUAUGCCGCACUGCUAGUCUUUUAUGCGCUGCGUCGCCGUCGCCUGUGCUUUGAUGUCUCCGCCGGCGAAUGGAGGCGCUUCCUCGGCGCCGGCGACACCUUCUUUGUCGGCUAUUUGAUGCACUAUUUGCCCUACUUCUUUGUGGAUCGUACGCUCUUUCUGCACAACUAUCUGCCGGCGUUUGUCUUCAAGCUGCUGCUGCUCUGCUAUGUGCUCGACCAUGUUGACUAUCUGCUGCGGAGCCACUGCAGCCGCCGUCGCAGCCGGGCAUCUGUGCAUCUGGUGCGCAUCUAUCGUCUGGCCCUGCUGCUCUGGCUGAUUGCCGUCUGCGCGGUCUUCAUCAAGUUCUUGCCAUUGAGCUACGGCUCCAGAAAGAUGUCCGCCAAGGAAAUCAUCGAUUUGCGCUGGAAGGACACCUGGGACUUUAUACUGCAAAAGAACUAUGCAUUGCAAUGAGCCAUCCACCUACCCGGCACCCCGCACCCCGCACCCGGCACCCUGCACCAUGUACAAUAAACCGUUAUGAUCCAGUUGAGGAGCUAUUCGAAC